AUGAGCCUCCAACUUGAAACACCUGAAUUCUUGCAAGUGGGCUUAGGCGUGGCCUUGGACCUGAUCGGCGUCUAUCUGAAGAACUACGAGAUAGACAAGUGCGAUUACGUCCUGGAUCGCGUCGUGCCUUUGGCGCGGAAGAAGGGUGGAACUUGGCUGAUCAAGGCCCUCGAUAAGCUCUGCGCCGUGCGGAUGAAGCAGUUCCGGGCCUACGAUGCCCUGAUGGCGCUGAAGGAAAUAGAGCAGUUGGUCCCUUUCCGGCCAGAGGAGGGCUGGGAGUUCCACGACAUCAUGUACCGAAACUUCGCGUGGUGCUAUUCUUCGCUCGACGAGGCAGAGAAGUGCCUGGAGUACACGCGGAAGAGCGUGGAGGUCAAGAAAACCAAUGGCGUCCCCGCCACCUGGUUCGACAUCUGGGACCUGGGCAAGGCGCAUGCACGGCUUGGUCAGAAGACGCAGCAGCGGGAAGAGAUGAAGAUCGGUUUCGAACUCUGUUCCAAGGCUGGGGACAUCCACCGCACGGCGGAGGCAAGCGACAGGAUCAUGCUUGCCAAGAUCCUUUCCAACGUUGGUGAGGUGGCCAUGGGCAUAGGGGACAGCUUCUUCUUGGAAGACAACAAGGAGGACGCAAAGGAGUGGUACGAGAAAGCCGAGGAUCCCUUGAGGGAAUCGUACGAACUCCAUGUGACCGCCCUCGGGCCCAUGAAGCCAUUAGCUGGCUGGCAGGCAGGCACCAUGGCUCAUUGUAUGGUCCGCUUGGAGCGCUACGAUGAGGCGCGUGAAUACUUAGCCUUGGCCCUGCGGGUCGAAUGUACCAAGGACUCCACAACCAAUGGCAGCCUGAUCGAGCUCAUCGACCGUGUCAUGAGCUGCCACCAAGAGUUGGGCGAUAUGCCUGGGCUUGCGGAAUGCAUCCCAGACCUGGAGCAGGGCCUUCGUGGGCUGCGACAGCGAGGGUGGGACCGGCGCGAGCGGGAUGUUUUCGCCAUGCUCCUGCAGCGCGUGUCCACUGUUAUGCUUCUGGCGGAUGACGGAAAAGGGCAGUUCAUCGGGAAGGCGCUAACCUGCCUAGAGGAGGCGGCGAACAACUUGCAGAUCUUCUGCGGGGAGGCUGCGCAGCUGGAGGUGGUGCCCGAGGGCGGAGAUGACGAGGUGGAGCUGAACUUUCCAGACAACCUCGAGGAUGAGAAGGCGCGGAUGAAGAAGAAAAAGUUUGGACCGCAGGUGGACAAUGCAGGCGAGCUCCUCCAGCAAAUCCGAUCCAGCAUCAAGAUUUUGAAGGUUAGCCAGACAGGGCGCGAGCCUUCAAGCCCCGCUCCGGCGUGGCAGGAGGAGAUCCCCGAAGCAAGCGACGACGGGCUUCGCGCUGCAAAGGCUGAGGUGGAGACCUCGGCGGAAAGUACUGAAGAUGAGCCUGCGCCGCAGACGAAUGGCUUCCAGGAGCAGGGCUUUACCCCACCGCCGGCACCCAAAGCACCGCCCCCACCUACGACCGGCUUCUGCGAUGGGCUGGGUUCCCUCCGCGACGUGCUGCGUGAGGUGGGCAGAACUCGAUGA